AUGACAGCAACCGUGGAAGGCUUUUGCCAAGACCAUGCAGAUGAACAAGCAGGCAGUCGUCAACAUCCUGAGUCGCGCAUAUCUUUAGAGACUGCCAAUCGCUUUCGAAAGGCGUGUCUACAAAGGCUUCGAAGUCAGCGCAGUGAUGAGGAGUCGGCUGAAGAAGAGUUGAGAGUCGCCAGGCAAGAAUUCGAGAAGAGCGAGGGAGAGGUAGAGCACAUCUUCUGCCUUCUGCAGGAGUCAGAGACUCAGCAGCAGCAGCUGGCGCGGCAAGCCAUACUGGAGCCGCACAAAGUGAACCGCAUUCAUCAAGUUCAGCACAGCGCAGAGCGACUGCGCGAGGCGCAUGACUUGAGAAGCCAGCUGGAGCUUGCCAGCGAAGAGGCUGUGCCCAACUUCAUCUUGUCGAUGCACGCACUGUGUUGCGAUAACGAGGCUCGCAAGACAGAAGCCAAUGCCAAAAUGGCCCGAGCAGGUGUGCUCGCGCAUCAGAAGAGCUCCGGGAUGCAGAGAGGCAGAUUUCGACAGGAUCAACACAUUGACAUCCUCUGUCGAUAUCCUCGAAGCACGAAAGGCAUUUGCAGUUCCUCAGAGAGCUUCAUGCCCGCGAGUUCAGUGCUUUGGGCCGUGUACCCAGUACAGCCCACGUUGAACGAGCUGGGCUGGAUACUGUUUUCCUCCGAUGCCAAGCCAACCUGGACAGGUGAUUUCGAGCGUGAGAAAUUACAAUUACUGCAGAUUUAUCGACAGGACUGCAGUGCACUGCUUCUUGCAGAGACGAACAGCGGGCUGAAGCGGGCGGAAGACUCGCCUGUCCCUGUUAGGAAGCUGUCGAGCACGAGCGGUGCUGGCCUCGGAUGCCAUCUGUCUCUUUGCACGGAGAAGCAUGGAGAAGCUCCCGAGCGCCUGUUGUCUGGGCCUGCGCGAGGACGAAGUGCCGGCUGCAAUCCCAAAGCGGACACUUACACCAAGGCUCGUACCUCAGUCGAUGUUGUUGAUGGUCCGAUGGCGAACAUGACGCAGUACAUCCCAAAAUAUCCCCAAGACAGGAGCUACCAGUACGAGAAAAGUAUCUCUGACUUUUUCUUCAAAAUGCCUGUCAUGCUCCGCCGAGUACAGGCGUCUGUGCCAUGCCUUUUCCGGCUCCCGCAAUCAGUCUACUUGCUGGCAGAUUUCGAGGUGAUAUGCCACAAAGCCGGUGGCCCUUUGCAGGCCAAAGAUGUCUCGAAGGAGAAGGCGGAUGUGUUGGAUCGGAUCUCCAGCUUGGACGAAGACAUCCGCUUCAAAAAUCAUGUCGUUAGAGAGUUGGAAAAGACGUUGGAGGCGCUUCGCUCUGGAAGUGGUUCAGGGCCUCGAACUGCCGCAGAGGUCAGAGGAGCAGAGCUGACGGAAGCUUCAAGUGCAGACUCCAAGCCAGCGCAGGAGGCAAGCGACGAACUCACGCACCGGCUCACCGCAGCUCUCGCAGAGCUUUCGACCGCGGCCAAAGACCAGUGGAAUCAGGCCAGCUUUGAAGCUCAGUUCGGCACUAUUGGGGACGGCCAGCUCGCUGCCUUCCUCUCGACGUUGACACCAGAACAGCGAUUGGUGUGGGAAUUGCAGAAUCCACCGGAAGUCAGCCCAAGGCUGGACAGAAGGCUCCUGCUUGACUUGAAAGAGGCCGGAAAAGCCGCAGAGGUGGAAGUUUUGGUAGCGGCAGCCGGAAGACCUUCGGAAGCCGAACGACAGUAUCGGUCAUUGCUCUGGCUUUGCUACCACAAAGAACUGAAUGCAUGCCAUGACGAGCAAGGUGCUGGUGGCCAGUCACUCCUGACUCUGGCAUGCAGAAAUGGCUGGUGUGAUGUGGCUAGCGAGCUCCUGGAGCGGCAGGCAGAUGUUCAUCACCGCAGCGGCGCGCAGCUGACAGCUUUGUCUGCAGCGUGCAUGCGAGGAUGUGCAGGCUGCACGAAGAUCCUUCUGCAGGCAGCUGCGGAUCCUAAAGAGGCCAGCAAGGGUUGCAGCGUGCUGGCCUUGGCCAGCGCUUCCUCGACAAGUCUAGAAGUCCUGAACCAGCUCCUGGUCUUCCGUGCUGAUGUGCGGCAGGUUGAUCCCACCGGUCGAACACCGCUGAUGGAAGCCGCUGCCGCCGGUCGUGAGCACUGCUGCCAAGUCUUACUCGAAGCAGGAGCAGAAGUGUCGGAGGUGGACAACGAGGGCAAGACAGCUGCUGAGUAUGCGAGACGGAACGGCUUCGCGGAACUCGCAACCAAGCUAGAAGCUGAAGCCGGCCUUCAAAAGAUCCCGCAAGUUGCCAAAGCCACAUGUGAAGAAUCAUUUUGUUGCAUGGGCCUGAAGCCAUUCACUUGCUUCCCAUAG